CCCACCAACGGACUGAAAUCAUUUUCAGUUUUCAAAAAGUAGUUGAGUUGCUGUCAACACCUUGUGUGUGUGUGCAUAACGAUGAAUCAAAUUCAAGAAUUUCCACUAGAUCUAUCGCUUCCCAAACCGAACCAAUCGGAUGAGCAACUUCAAUUGCAGUCCAAGCCACCACCAAUUUAUUGCAGACGAAAACGUUCCGGCAAAAUGUUGCUCAUGUGUGAGGUGUGCUCGAAGAAAUUCGAUCGACCCUCGCUGCUGAAACGACACUCUCGCGUUCAUACAGGAGAACGGCCUCAUCUUUGUGUGAUAUGUGAUAAACGGUUCAGCACAUCGUCGUCGUUGAAUACACAUUCAAGGAUUCACAGCGGUGAGAAACCCCACUUGUGUCUGGUUUGCGGUAAAUCGUUUACAGCCAGCUCAAAUUUGUACUAUCAUAGGAUGACACACUAUAAGAAUAAACCGCACAAGUGCAUGCUUUGCCCUAAAUCUUUCUCAACUCCUGGAGACUUAAGAGGUCAUUAUUACAAGCAUACUGGACAAUGGCCAUUCACCUGUAAAUGUGGAAAAGGAUUUUCGAAGAAAACGACUCUACGAGCUCAUGAAUUAUUGCACAAAACAUGAAUUUGAUCACAGCAUAAACGAAUGAAUUGUUAAAAUGAAAAAUUAAAA